AAACCGGAGCCAAACAGUCAGUUCUGAAACCAGCGUGGAUGAAAGUGGAGUUUUUGAAAGUCUGAAGGCUGAAGCUUCCUCACCGCAACAGCUGUUCUCAGGCCUCGCAGGUAUCCCGUCGGGCACCAUCACAGCCACGCCGUUCCAGUCAGGUUUGGUUCUGGGCUCUAGGGAAGUAUUCAUUCAGAUGCCAGCCCCGAGGGAGGAAGGGACCAGUCGUACAGAAGGAGCCCCAUUUCACCACCGGCAAUCGUCCCAUCAUUUCCACCAUGGCCAUCACCGGGGCUCAUCCUUACUGCACAUGGCAGGAGGGGACCGCCACGGGCAUGCUGAGGAAGGCAGUGACGAACAAGCUGGAACUCCAGCCCCAGCUCUUUCAGAGUUAAAAGCUGUGAUCGGUUGGCUGCAGAAGGGACUUCCCUUCAUCUUGAUCCUCCUGGCUAAAGUUUGUUUCCAGCAUAAACUUGGGAUUGCUGUGUGCAUUGGUAUGGCCAGCACAUUUGCAUAUGCCAACUCAACACUCCGAGAACAGGUUGCUCUGAAGGAGAAGAGAUCAGUGUUGGUUGUCUUCUGGAUCCUGGCCUUUCUCACGGGAAACACCUUGUACUUGCUUUACACAUUCAGCUCUCAGCAGCUGUACAACAGCCUUAUAUUUCUGAAACCCAACCUUGAGAGGCUGGACUUCUUCGACCUGAUGUGGAUUGUGGGGAUCGCAGACUUUGUACUGAAGUACCUCACCAUCGCACUGAAAUGCCUAAUUGUUGCCCUGCCUAAGAUCAUCCUAGCUGUCAAGUCAAAGGGAAAGUUUUAUCUGGUUAUUGAGGAGCUGAGCCAGCUGUUCCGCUCCCUUGUCCCCAUCCAGCUAUGGUAUAAAUACAUCAUGGGAGAUGACCCAUCCAGCAGCUACUUCCUAGGUGGGAUCCUGAUCAUCCUGUAUAGCCUCUGCAAGUCUUUUGACAUCUGUGGUCGUGUGGGAAGUGUCCGGAAGGCACUGAAGGUCCUUUGCACCCCACAGACCUAUGGAGUUCGUGCUACCAGCCAGCAGUGCAGUGAGGCAGGUGACAUCUGUGCCAUUUGCCAAGCAGAAUUCAGGGAACCUUUGAUCCUUAUGUGCCAGCACGUGUUUUGUGAAGAAUGCCUCUGCCUCUGGUUUGACAGGGAGAAAACCUGUCCUCUUUGUCGUUCUGUCACAGUAGAAACCCUGCGUUGCUGGAAAGAUGGCACCACCUCUGCUCAUUUUCAGGUGUAUUAA